GCUUCUGCGUCUGCCAGGCCUCUCUGUGGCUCAGCACAAGUUGUAUUUUGACUUGUAGGGACUAAGUGUUACAUUUUGUCGGAUAUGCCGCGGGUCUAUGUCGGCAAGCUUAGUUAUCAUGUUCGAGAGAAAGACAUUCAAAGGUUUUUUAGCGGUUAUGGUAAAUUAUUAGAGAUCGACCUGAAAAAUGGGUACGGCUUUGUAGAGUUUGAGGACAUGCGAGAUGCUGAUGAUGCUGUGUAUGAACUGAAUGGAAAAGAGCUGUGUGGGGAGCGAGUCAUCAUCGAGCAUGCCCGUGGACCGAGGAGAGAUGGAUACGGCUAUGGGGGACGCAGUAGCGGCUACAGCAGCUGGAAUCGCUCCGGCAGGGACAAGUAUGGGCCACCUGUACGCACUGAACACCGCCUCAUUGUGGAGAACCUGUCCAGCAGGUGCAGCUGGCAGGACCUCAAGGAUUUUAUGCGGCAAGCAGGUGAAGUAACCUACGCUGACGCUCAUAAAGGCCGUGCCAACGAGGGUGUCAUUGAAUUUCGAUCCCGGUCAGACAUGAAGCGAGCUUUAGAAAAGCUAGAUGGCACAGAUGUUAAUGGGAGGAAGAUUCGUCUGGUGGAAGACAAACCUCGACGUAGGCGCUCUUAUUCUGGCAGCAGAUCCAGGUCUCGUAGCAGGCGGCGCUCUCACAGCCGCAGCCGAAGAAGCAGGAGUUCUCACAGCCGUUCCAGGUCACGCUCACGGUCUCAGUCUCGCAGCAAGCGCAGGUCUCACUCCAGGUCAGGACGGAAGUCACACUCAAGAUCAAAGAGAAAGUCUAGCCACUCUAAAUCCCCAGAGAAGUCUCGCUCACGCACCCGCAAAUCACACAGUCCUUCCAAGAACAAGAAGUCCCGCUCUCGCUCAGACACUCGCAAGUCACGCUCCAAGAGUAGAUCCAAAGUCAAGACGGAGCGUGAAUCCCGAAGUCGUUCCAAGGAGAAAUCUUCCAGUAAGAAGUCACGAAGCCGCUCGCGUUCCCAUUCAGAGAGUAGAAACGAAAAACACUCAAAAUCUCCUCUUGGCAAAGAGCGUCAGCUCUCCAAGUCCCCAGCCAAGCGCUCUGUGUCCCGCUCCAGGUCUCGCUCUUGAUCCACGUCAGCCUCCCAAGACUGAUUAUUUCUUUAACAAUGAACUGAACAAAAAUGUAAUGAUAAUACAUAUCCCAGGUCUGAGUUUGAUGUGUUUUGAGAUGUUAACAGAUCAAAAAGGAUUUGUAUCUUUUGGAACAAAUUGGGAGGUCAUUAAAUUUAUAUUUUUUUGAUUUUUAGAUUUUCUGUAAAAUUAUUCUCAGAAAACUAUUAAAGGGGAUUGCUGAAGUUGUUCUAACUCUUUGGAUAACAGCAUUUCUCUUCUCUGUUACUCUUUCAUAAAGUGUAAAUGUACCAUUUGAGUUCAGCAGCUGACAACAGGGGCAGAAGUUGCUUCAUAUUUUGAUAAGAUAUGUACUAUGUUCAAAUAAAAAGAUGUAAAAGUGCAAACUAAUAUAAUUCACAAUUUGCAUGUUCUGUGAUGAUUGUUUUUACCUGUUUGCCUUGUAAAAUCCCUGAUCUUCCUCCAGUGGGAAUUACAUUUUGAAGCAAUCUGCUGCAUUUAUUUCUAUUGUCAUAUUGGAAUAAAAUAACACAUUUUAA